AGGCAGAAAAAAGUUAAGAGCAGGAAAGAUCAUGAAUUUUUUAGAGGAAAAAGAAAAACAUUGGGAACAAAAUUGUUAUUUUGUGUUAGCUUCAAUUAUUAUUUAACAGUUUAAGAAAAGUGAUUUAAAGUUUGUGUGAAUGCAGUGAAUCUAUUGAAUCCUUUUCUUCCCUGGGGACGCACAUCCUAUCUUGACGCCUUUCAGUUUUCAGCGUUUGUUUGUGUUUACUGUGAAGUGCAUUUUCGGUAUUCUCUAACGAAGAACGACAUGAAUUCGCAACGGACUUUCAUUUUCUCGUUUUUUUUCUAUAACAGCGGUGGAAUCUCGACUCGGAAUUCUCUAAGUAAUCAAUGAUUAGACAAUAAUAAAAUAUAUCGUUUGAUUCACUCCAAUUUGUUUACUAAAGUCCGCAACUGUCAAGUUUUCAAAGGAAUAAAUCCUAUGAACCAAAAUCAAAAUUCAACGGGCACAAUGGGAGAUGGAGGUGAUAACAAGGGCAGUUGCCUAUUACUGCGAUAUGCGAGCCAAAAUUCUCUAGAUGAAAGUUCACAGAAACAUGUGCCACGUGAAAAUGGCAAGGAUAAACCACCAUACAGAAACCAUCAUCAUACAAAUCGAGCUUUUGAAGUUAUGAACGCUAUGCGCAAGCAAAACUUACUUUGCGACGUAAUACUAGUGGCUGAUAGUGGAAUAGAAGUGCCUGCUCAUAAAAUGGUUUUGGCUGCCUGCAGUCCCUACUUUUACGCAAUGUUUACAAGUUUUGAGGAGCGAGAUCAGGAUAGAAUUACUUUGCAAGGUGUUGAUCACUCGGCUUUGGAACUACUUGUAGAAUACGUAUAUUCUGCCGAAGUUUACGUUACAGAAGAUAAUGUUCAGGUUUUGCUACCUGCCGCAAAUCUCUUACAAUUAACAGACGUGCGAGAUGCAUGUUGUGAUUUUUUGCAAGCACAACUCCAUCCAUCAAAUUGUCUAGGAAUUAGAGCUUUUGCUGAUCUUCACGGUUGUUUAGAAUUACUGAAUCAUGCCGACAGUUAUGUUGAACAAAACUUCUCGGAAGUUGUAGAAGGCGAGGAAUUUGUGACUUUAACACCUUUGCAAGUGGGAAAGUUAAUUUGUAGUGAUCGCCUGACUGUUCCUUCCGAGGAAAAAGUAUUCGAAUGCGUAAUAUCUUGGGUUCACCAUGACUUAGAAAAAAGGCAAACUGUUCUGGCUGAAUUAAUGGAACAUGUUCGUCUGCCUCUUCUAUCUCAAGAAUAUUUAGUACAACGAGUUGAAGAAGAGCCACUCUUGAAAGCUAAUUUGCAGUGUAAAGACUUUCUAAUAGAGGCUUUGAAGUAUCAUUUGUUAAAAGGAGAACAGAAAUCUCUCUUCAAAACUCCAAGAACGAAACCUAGACAACCACGAGGAUUGCCAAAAGUAUUGUUGGUAGUCGGAGGUCAGGCACCAAAAGCAAUACGAAGCGUUGAAUGUUAUGAUUUUAAGAAAGAGAAAUGGUACCAGGUUUCUGAACUUCCAACUAGAAGAUGUAGAGCUGGAUUAUCUGUGCUUGGUGAUCGUGUAUAUGCAGUUGGGGGGUUUAAUGGAUCUUUGAGAGUUCGGACGGUGGAUGUUUACGAUGCAUCUGGAGAUCAGUGGUCAGCAUGUCCUGGAAUGGAAGCCAGACGAUCAACUUUAGGAGUUGCAGUUCUCGGAAAUUGCAUUUACGCUGUUGGAGGUUUUGAUGGCUCGACAGGCUUGAAUUCGGCCGAAGUUUAUGAUCCGAGAACCCACGAAUGGAGAUUGAUAGCUCCGAUGUCAACGCGACGAAGUAGCGUUGGAGUUGGCGUUGUUAAGGGAUUAUUAUAUGCUGUUGGGGGUUACGAUGGAGCUUCUCGACAAUGUUUGUCUAGUGUAGAAUGUUACAAUCCAGAAAAGGACCAAUGGAAACCCGUUCCUUCGAUGUCUGCGAGGAGAAGUGGUGCUGGAGUUGGAGUUCUAGACGGGAUUUUAUAUGCAGUUGGAGGUCACGAUGGUCCUUUAGUCAGGAAAAGCGUCGAGGCUUUCAAUCCUGAUACAAAUCAGUGGUCGCCAGUUAGUGAUAUGGCACUUUGUCGACGAAAUGCAGGUGUCGUAGCACUCAACGGAUUGCUCUACGUAGUCGGAGGAGACGAUGGAUCAUCAAAUUUAGCUUCCGUCGAAGUUUAUUCACCUCGAACAGACACCUGGACAACUCUGCCAACCUGUAUGAGCAUAGGACGCAGUUACGCUGGAGUUGCCAUAAUUGACAAGCCGGUAGCCUCAACAUCGACGAUGUGAGGUCUGCAGACCGCUGGGCAUUCA